CUUAUUCUCACUGAACAUUGCAUCCUCACUACACAAUGUCCCAUCGCAAAACGACGAUAGAAGAAGAGUUUGACGACGAUACCGACCUCCCCCUUCCCUCCCGUCCUCUACCAAACACCGGCACUCGUGGGGCCCUUCUUCAGGAGGUCGAUGACGAUGAAUACGAUAUUCCCACUGGGACGGAUAGCACUCAGGCCCAGCCCGGGCCCGCGUCCCUUCUGAGACCUCCCACUGCCGCGUCGAGCGCAGGAGCAGGGGGUGCAAACACUGUUACCGAUAUCACCCCUUACAAGAAGUGGACAUGCAUCUAUCCGAUCUAUAUCGACGCGAAGCGCGCGUAUGGUACAGGAGAGCGCCGGAUAUCGCGCGAGAAGAGCAUCUGGUGGCCGCUGAGCAAGGACAUUGCCGAUGCGUGUAGUCGACUUGGCCUCGGGACGCUACACGAAGUGCAGAAAUGUCAUCCCCGAGACUGGGAGAAUCCCGGCCGCGUCCGUGUGCAGUGGCGGAAGGAUGGCAAGCUGGUCAACUCGGCUAUCGCGAGCAAAAAGCAGCUUCUGGAAAUGAUUUCAUUUCAGAUUCAGCGGACGAAGCCAGAUAACAUCCCCAAGAAGCCAUUCUUGACGUCGCGGGACCCUAAUAUCCCAUCAGAACCCGUGUCGGCCACGCCCUCCGCUGCCCCCUCAGCGCAGACGCCGUCGAACGCGUCCUCGAACACAAAGGGGAAGCAGCCUGCGAAGGGAAAACCGGGAUCCGCGCUCACUGUCGCGUCUGCUACGCCCUCAUCAACUCAGGACGACUACGUGCAGAAAGCAAGGCUCCCUCGCCCACCCGCGCCUCUACCGUCUCUAGCGUCGCGCGUAUCUCCGUAUUCACCAGCCCUUCCGAGUGGGGUGCUCAUCGAGACCGUCAAGGCCGGUAUGAACGCGCAGGCAGAAGGCGGAGGUGCGGGUGGCAUGGGUGGUAUGGGUGCUUCAAAAGGAAAGAAAAAAGUCAUCAGGGUGCGAGGAUAGCCAUUUGCGUUAGAGGUGGGCAGAUAGUUGGUUAAGCAGGUGUGUACGAGUAUUUGGGGAGUACGCACUCAAGGGAUACAAUACCACGCUGAUUUGAGC